GUUCCAGGGAUGCUUAGAUGGACACUUAAGAAGCAUUGGCCACUCGGUUCGAGCUGAGGGAUUCUUGGCAGCAGAGUGAAUAAAGCUCAUGGCUCACCAGCUGGAAAGUAUCUUUGUCAUGAAAAAAAGGACGUGAUAAGUUGUUCAACUUAUGAAAUUCAAGUUACAUGUGAAUCCUGCCAGGCAAAACAAGGACCUGUGGAAUAUGAGUGAUGACAAACCCUUUCUAUGCACUGCCCCUGGAUGUGGCCAGCGUUUUACCAACGAGGAUCAUUUGGCUGUCCAUAAACAUAAACAUGAGAUGACACUGAAAUUUGGUCCAGCACGUAAUGACAGUGUCAUUGUGGCUGAUCAGACCCCAACUCCAACAAGAUUCUUGAAAAACUGUGAAGAAGUUGGUUUGUUUAAUGAGCUAGCAAGUCCGUUUGAGAAUGAAUUCAAGAAAGCCUCAGAAGAUGACAUUAAAAAAAUGCCUCUAGAUUUAUCCCCUCUUGCAACACCCAUCAUAAGAAGUAAAAUUGAGGAACCCUCUGUUGUAGAAACGACUCACCAAGAUAGUCCUUUACCUCACCCGGAAUCUACUACCAGUGAUGACAAGGAAGCACCGUUGGCACAAUCUGCACAGCCCACAUCAGCUAUUGUUCGUCCAGCAUCAUUACAGGUUCCGAAUGUCCUGCUUACAAGUUCCGACUCAAGUGUAAUUAUUCAGCAGGCAGUGCCAUCACCAACCUCAAGUACUGUAAUCACCCAGGCUCCGUCCUCUAACAGGCCAAUUGUCCCUGUACCAGGUCCAUUUCCUCUUCUGUUACAUCUUCCUAAUGGACAAACUAUGCCUGUUGCUAUUCCUGCAUCAAUUACAAGUUCUAAUGUGCAUGUUCCAGCUGCAGUUCCACUUGUUCGACCAGUCACCAUGGUGCCUAGUGUUCCAGGAAUCCCAGGUCCUUCCUCUCCUCAACCAGUACAAUCAGAAGCAAAAAUGAGAUUAAAAGCUGCGUUGACACAGCAACAUCCUCCAGUUACCAAUGGUGAUACUGUCAAAGGUCAUAGUAGUGGCUUGACUAGGACUCAGUCAGAGGAAUCUCGACCACAGUCACUACAGCAGCCAGCCACGUCUACCACAGAAACUCCGGCCUCUCCAGCUCACACAACCCCACAGACACAAAAUACAAGUGGUCGUCGGAGACGAGCAGCUAAUGAAGAUCCCGAUGAAAAAAGGAGGAAGUUUCUGGAGCGCAACAGAGCAGCAGCUUCAAGGUGCCGACAAAAAAGGAAAGUCUGGGUGCAGUCAUUAGAAAAGAAAGCAGAAGACUUGAGUUCAUUAAAUGGUCAACUCCAGAGUGAAGUCACCCUGCUGAGAAAUGAAGUGGCACAGCUGAAACAGCUUCUUCUGGCUCAUAAAGAUUGCCCUGUAACCGCCAUGCAGAAGAAAUCCGGCUAUCACACUGCUGAUAAAGAUGACAGUUCAGAAGACCUGUCUGUUCCGAGCAGCCCACAUACUGAAGCUAUCCAGCACAGUUCCGUCAGUACAUCCAAUGGAGUCAGUUCAACUUCCAAGGCCGAAGCUGUGGCCACUUCAGUCCUCACCCAGAUGGCGGACCAGAGUACAGAGCCUGCGCUUUCCCAGAUUGUGAUGGCUCCUUCCUCCCAGUCGCAGCCCUCAGGAAGUUGAUCAGAAACCUGCAGUGCAACCGUCUUAGAUACUUAGUAGUGACUUCAAAGGGAAAUCAAGGAAAGACCAGUUUCCAUCUAUGUGAAAUCUGUGGCUGUAAAUUUUUUUUUUUUACUUGAAAUUAAAUUUGACUCUAAAGUUGGUGGUGUAACAGUUGAUGAUCAGGUGAACAACAGGUUUUAGUCUCUGGAAAAAGACUGAUAUUGAUUUUUUUAUAUAAAUAUUGUUAGAUUUAUUAAUUUUCUUUGCUAAAUGUGUAAAUUGUAUUAUAAUUCAUUGUGGUUUAUCUCACUUUUUGAUUUGGUGAUGUUUUAACAGAUGGAAGUGUUACUGAAUCUCUCUUUUCACUUCCUUUUUUUUUCCUGAACACCUCUUAACCCUCAACUGUGAUGGUAGUGUUGUUAUAUCAUUUAUACCAAAGUUCUGCAUAGUCUCUUCUGACUUUGUAAUGCUAGCAAGGUCAUAAAGCACUAACAAGUAGGAAUUUGAUUUUUAAUCUUUUGCCUUUUAUUUUGCACAUUAUGCAAGAGAGACCACUUUGGAAGUGAAUAAAACCUUGGUAAAAGACGUGCAGUGCUGUUGUGCACACUCUUGUACUAAAUCAAAAUCACUAACAGUACAUUUUCUUUCAGAUUUUCAGUAACAUAAAUUCUAGGGUCCUCUAUCAUUUCAAAAGUGACUGAUCUUAAAUUCAGUAUUUUAAGCCCUAUGUUUUGAGGUGAAUAAAAUAUGAAAUUAUAUAAUGUGCGAUACAGGGUUACCCAAACACCUAAUGUGUUUUGAAUUUUUUUUUUUUUCAGAUUUUAGGUUACAAACUGAAGUUUAUGCAUAAUCAAGUAUGGUAUGAUUGCCAGAAAAGCCUAAAAAAUACCACUUAGGAAAAGUAAGACUGUUUGCCCCAUUGUCUUGUACUUGCAAGCUAACUUGUACUUAUUCUUGUGAAAGCACUGUUAUCUUUUAGUAGCGAAUUUUGAUAAUGUUUCUCGUGGGGAAAAAUCAGUAUCUAUCUUUAGAACAAUGUAAUUAUAAUGUGAGAAACAAGAGGGAGAGAGGUGUGUGUGUGUGUGUGUGUGUGUGUGUGUGUGUGUCUUUUCAAUAGUUUAUGCCAGCAAUUUCUGCUUGAAUGUUUAACGAUGCCUUCAGUGUGUGAUGCUGGCCAAUAGAUGAUUGCAAUUUAAAAUAUCAUUACUGUGCAGGCUUGGAUAACUAACAUUCCAUGAUGUAGUUUGUUUCUGAUGAGAUGAUUGUAGGUACACUUUCCUCAUUAUCCAAUCAUCUGUGGGAUACUGAGUUUUCUAAUGUGCCAUUAUCUAUUUUUACUCUGCGGUUAUGUUCAAAAUACAGUACAAUAUUUUAAAUAGAUUGAAAAGUUAAAUAAAACUUUAAAAGUAGUAGAUGUGUGUAAGAAAACUGUAAAAUAGUUAUGACUCUUACCCAGUAGCAACUUCUGGCAUUCAUGCAGGAUUCCAUUAUGUAAAUAUCUGUAAUGCAUUUAUAAUAAGUUGUGUGGUUUGUUCCAUAUCCAUACUACACUGUUUGCUAAAGUCUCAGUGCCAUCUGCUAAUGAGACUGACAUUUAGAAAACCUAUAUGGAAUAUCCUUGUUAACUCAAGGAAACAUCCCACCUGCCUAAGUUCCAAACUGGGAAACAUUCAAAUUAUACAAAUGACAUUUCAGGACUUUAAAGUAUGAAGAUAACAGGAAUUUUUAUUGUUUGGCUUAUUUAAAAUGACAACAUCUUUGUUGAAAGUUCUACUAAUUUUCUUAAUAUCAUAAUUUUAAAUCAGUUUUUAAUCAUGAUAUUUCAAUAACUUUGCUUAAAGAGUUGAUCUCAAAGGCACAAAAUAAGAACUCUAUGGGAAGGUUGUUUUUUAUUGUAGUUUAUAUGGGUUAAGAAAAACCUCAAUUUUUUUUUUUUUUUUUUUUUUUUUUACUGUCCUAAAUCCUCCAGUGCAUUUUCCCCAUAAUAUUACUUCUGUAAGUUAAAGUUCUCUGGUAACAGGAAUUCUUGCAACUGUAAAAAUAAGACUGCAUAGCGUAAGGAGUCAUGUAAACGGUUAAUGAGCUUACAAAGGUUAGCAGAAUUCUCAUUGUGAAUCAUUCUGUACUCAGCAAAUAAAAAUAAUCAUUAUUCGUUGUAUAAACACAAAUUCCAUUUUGACUUUCAGGAUGUCACUACUUCUGUACCUAGCAUUUUGAGUCCUUAUAUUUGCAAUGUUACACAAACUGUACUAUUUUCUUUUAUGUGCAGUUUGCAUGAGUAAACCAUCAGAGAAUAAAUUUUAUCUUUAAAUUA